CAGGAGGAAAUUUCAUUCUGCUAUUGGUGGUCAUGAACAUGAACUGGUCCUUCCAAACUCCAGACACAGUGAACCCAUGCUGCUACUUCCCAUGCCAGCACAAAGGUGUGUGCGUGAGGUUUGACCUGGAAAAAGCUACGAAUGUGACUGCACCCACACUGGGUACUAUGGAAGAAACUGCACCAUCCCUGAAUUAUGGUCCAGGAUUCGGGAUCUCCUCCGUCCAAGCCCUUCCUUCUAUCACUACAUCUUGACUCGUUUCAAGUGGUUUUGGGAUAUAAUAAAUGCGACUUUUAUCCGGGAUACAAUUGUCAGGCUCGUUUUGACAGUGCGAUCCAAUCUGAUACCCAGCCCCCCAACGUACAACUCUGCAUACGAUUAUAUCAGCUGGGAAGCCUAUGCUAACGUAAGCUACUUCACACGAGUUCUACCCCCUGUGCCAGAAGAUUGUCCUACACCAAUGGGAACCAAAGGAAAGAUGCGACUGCCCAACGCCACGUUCCUGGUGGAGACCUUUCUGAGAAGACGCCAAUUCAUCCCCGACCCACAGCGCACCAACCUCAUGUUUGCCUUCUUCGCCCAACAUUUUACCCAUCAGUUCUUUAAGACGUUUGGAAGGAUGGGGCGCGGGUUCAUUAAAGGAUUUGGUCAUGGGGUUGACCUCAGCCAUGUCUAUGGAGACUCGCUGGAACGGCAGCACACACUUCGCCUAUUUAAAGAUGGGAAGCUGAAAUAUCAGAUAAUAAAUGGCGAUAUGUAUCCACCAACAGUGAUCGAAGCUCCCGUUCACAUGAUCUACCCGGAGAGCAUCCCCAAAGAGAAGCAGAUGGCGAUGGGUCAGGAGGUGUUUGGGCUUCUCCCCGGAUUGAUGAUGUAUGCUACUAUUUGGCUCCGUGAGCACAAUCGGGUGUGUGACGUGUUAAAGAAGGAACAUCCCACGUGGGGCGAUGAGCAGCUCUUUCAAACCACAAGGCUGAUUCUCAUUGGAGAGACCAUUAAGAUUGUCAUUGAAGACUAUGUACAACAUCUCAGCGGCUAUUACUUGAAACUGAAAUUUGAUCCGAACUGCAACUGCUCUUUGGGGUCCAGUUUCAGUACCGUAACCGGAUUGCUGUGGAGUUUAAUCAGUUGUAUCACUGGCAUCCCCUAAUGCCCGACGGCUUCAUCAUCAUGGGACAGGAAUAUAACUACAGUAACUUUAUUUACAACUUUUCCAUGCUGACAGACUACGGAGUGGAAGCACUGGUGGAAUCCUUCACAAAGCAAAUUGCUGGAAAGGUAAGCUACCUCUAG